GCCCGUUGCGAAAGAGAGUCCGCUUUAGAUGUUCUGGCGGCUCUUUUAGCAUGGAAGGAUCGCCCAGACUUCCCGGGACCCUCGGGAGCCCCGGUGGAUGGAGCUUGGGUGAUGCUUGGACAAAUUCCGGUUCUGCCUUCAUCGCGCCCGCAUGGCUGUUUGGGGCUGAAGUUGGCAGGAGAAGGUUCUUUGGCUCCGUUCCACCGCUGGCUCCUCGGCUCCGAGGAGCCCACGACCCAGUUCCGGUCCAAGUCAGUGCCCUGCUCGCCGCUGCAGAAGUCCUUGCAGGCCUCGGCCUCCUUGCAGAACAGGAUCAAAGGCGGCGAGGUUCUCCGGUGUGAAAGGGCCGUGCAAUAUCUAGAAGCUGCUCGUGCCACCGCAAACUUUCUCGAAAAGAGCAGCAUUCUAAAUGACUUGGCCAAGCUGGAUAUCGCUCGUGACGUGGAGGGUUUGGACGAUGCCAAGCGGAACCUUGAGGUGGUCCAGAUGAGGCUUAAGGUCCGAGAAGCCUUCAUUUUCGAGAGCUUCGCCACCCGCAAACUGAAAGAAUGCCUCAAGCUGAAGCCCAUUGACGAGCGUCGAUGGCUGGACAUCGAGGAUGCCAUCGAUGCUGCCGAGAGUGUGCUGCCCAGGUUGCAAGAUGCGCAGCUGAGCCGGGCCAAGAAACUCGAAGCGCUGCACAGGCGAGCUUUGAAUCAAUGGCAGCUAGGGAUCAUGGACCGCCUGGAGCAGGUAGUUGAGGAUCAAGACCUGGAGCGUUUGGAGGAUCUUCGAGUUUGGCUCACCACCAGUGGUGCCGACCAACGUGAUGAUGCGCAAGAACUGGUGCAAACCAUCAAUCAGCUCUGCAAAGCUUUUGAAGCCCUGAAGUAUGCCUUGGAAGAGGCGACGGGACCGGCCUUUCGGCGGGCGCUGUGGGCCUCGGAGGAGGCGAAGUUGGACGUGGAGCGCUGCGAGAUGCUGCAGAGAGUUGACCGUGGCUAUGGGCCAAUCCGCCGCCUCAAUGUGGCUCGCUGGGCCAUGUUGGCUGCACGCCGUCAAGGGAGCAAAGAUUUGCUGGAGACUGCUUUGCCUUUGGCUCUGCAAAGCGGCCUCAACGUGGACAGCUUGUACGACGCCUUGAGCAAAUACGACGACGACUUCUAUGAUCGCCUGAAGGAACUCGCUCAGCUAACUCGAGCCACUAGGCGCGAGAACGUGAAGCAAUUGGAGGCGGCCAUUGAAAGGACCAAACCGGGCGAUCAAAGAUUGGGACGGCGAACCUCGCUUGAGAAACUCUUCCUGGAGGUGAGGACUCAAGCAUUGGAGACGCUGUUCGAUGCCAAGCAGAAGGCCAAAGUGCGGGACGACAUUAAAAUCUCCUUGACCAAAAGGAGCACACAGGUUCUCCAAGAGAUGCCCUUGAAGAUGAAAGAAGCAGCAAAGCUCAGGAUGUCCAAGGAUUUGCGUCAAGCAUCCAGUACGUACAAGCGUGCCGUCUUUGAGAAAGACAUUCGCACUGCGAUCAGCCUUUCGGAUUCCCAUGCCUUGCGGUCGGCGCUCGCGAGGGCUGAGAAAGAGAGCUCCAUCGAAGGUAUGGAGGAUAUGUUGGCCUCAGCGCGUGCAGCACUGCACGAGAUGUCACACCUGGAGGCAGCACGUGAUAUCGUAGGCCGAGCGUCGACCCUGGAACUGUUGGAGUCCAAUUUGCAGAAACUCAUCCAGGAGAACUUCCCUGACGGUCUCAAACCUCAAAGUGCUUUGGGACGAGUCGAGGCUGAGUUGCAAAAUAUGAAGGAGAAGAUGAAGGAACUCCAAGUGCUUUUGGAGACGCCCUUGGCCUUCGAAAACAACAACACCCUUCUUCAGGAGGCCGGGAUGCGACAGAUGCGUUUGGUGAUGGAUAUUCUUAAAUUGCACCCGUACUUUGUCAUUUCCAUCGAGUACGGGCAAGCACACAUUGCAAGCGAACGAGCCAAAACGGUCUAUGAGCUUUUCAGAAAAGGCUGCCGAAAUCCCUUGGCAAAGAAGCAGUUGAAGGAAAAGUCCAAAGUCGUGAAACUCAAUUGCCAACUUGACCAUUGCACACCGGAGCUCAAACAGGUCUUGAACAAGAUGCUCAUCAAGUGUGCGCUCUGACCGCCUCUGAGAGGUGGAACGGCGGCACGGUGGGGCGCUUUGGAACGGCCACGGUGGGGCAGUGAAGCAACGACCAGGAGUUGCACUUGGAGCCAGCUCGCGAAGAGCACAUGGGUC